AUGAGCCUAGGCAGGGCAACUGCCACCCAUCAUAGUUCCUGCACUAACCCUGGGACAGUACAACUCGGCCAUGUUGCGGUCUGCACGCGAAGGCAGCUGCUCAGUAGUGGCCUUGCCUAUGACCAUGUUGAGGGAUACGUUGAGAGAUUCUAUGAGUUUCUUUACCCUAUCACGACUGCUGUUUACGAGACUAGGCCCGUACACAUGUUGCUGGUUUGCCAUUCAAGCAGCUUAAUCACGCGUCCCCGUCUACCAGGUUCUUCUGCCUUAGAACUAAGCCAGCUGACCAUUCAACUGGACGACUACGAAGGCCAAGCUGCCCGUGCUCGCUGCAAGCUAGAAGCCUUAUCUCCCACCAAAUCCACAGUUUGA